AUGGAUACCAAUUAUGAGAUAUUUUGCAAUGACUUGAAGUCAGAUGUAGCUACAAUAACACAGAAUGUCAGCAAGCAAAAUUUCAACACUCUGGAACAAUCUAAAGCUCUUAAUAGCGUGAAUGGUACAGUAGAGCUACUCGUAGAAGAGCAGCAGGUCACUGAAUAUGUGUUACGAGAAUCACAGUCUCAGUUGGUCAAACAUAAUUCAACGCUGAGUAAAUUGUCACUGAAAAUAAUGGACUUGAAAUCAGAUUUAGCGACAAUAGCACAAAAUGUUAACAAGCAAAAUGUCAGCAUUAAGGAAUUAACGGUAUCUCUCAAUAGUGUAAAUGUUAAAGUACUCCUACAAGAAGAAGAGCAACAGAAUGUGUCUCUCAAAUUGCAAGACACUGUUGCUGAACUGCAAGAGAGCAAUUCCAGUUUGACGACAACAGUUACUCAUCUUAGAGACAAUUUGACAUAUUUAGGAAACGAAGUGUACAAGAUCCGUGCGUCUUGUUGUUAUCCUUCAUGCUCCAAUAGCACACAAGGAAUGAUAUCAUAUAACAAGGAAGAAAAUGAAAUCGUGUAUUGUAACAGCAGUGACUGGUUGUUUCUGCCAUUGCCAUUCAAACCUGGUAGCUCGCCUUUGUUUCCUGCGUCAACGUGUAUGCAGAUAGCACUUAGUCACAAUUCAUCCGAUUACGAUGGGCCAUACUGGAUUAGGCCAUCUUCCAACGAUCCACCAUUUCAAAUUCUGGUACUACAAUCAAAUGGACAACUUUCAAAUAUAGCGCAUCAUCUCUUUACGAUGUUAUUGCUGAUGGAAAGUACAAAAACACGAGUUUUGACAAUUGGGCACGUUUAUCACCUUAUCGCCGCUAUUUUAACGACUUUGACAAGAAAUCAAAUAUUAUUUGCAAAUUAUCGAAGAUCACUGAAAAAUAAGAGAAACGUACAAGUCCAGGGAGACGAAGCAAACAAAGAUGUGCAAGUGUUUUGUAUUGUAAAGCUUUGCAAAGGAUGCAGUCACAAACACAGAAUCACGCGCAUAUAAACGCAUUCUCUAUAGUAACA